AUGCAACGUCAAGGACCAGCUGCAAGAGUGCCUGUUGAUCCUGAGAUAGAGAAAACUUGCCAGCAGAACAGAAGAAACAAAAGGUUGGAAAGAGUUGUACAAAGGAUUGAGCAAGAGGAAGUUAUGGCCAACAAUGGUAAUAAUGGGGGUGCCGUAGAAGACCCAGCUAAUGGUCAGAAUCCACCCGACCGUAGCCUGAGAGACUAUGUUUUGCCAAAAAUGACAGGGGUCCAGUCUUUUAUAAGACCACCUGCCAUAGAUGCAAACAAUUUUGAGAUAAAGCCAGCCAUACUUCAGAUGGUUCAAUCCACAGUCCAGUUUGGGGGACUACCCACUGAAGACCCAAACAUGCAUCUCUCUAACUUCAUGGAGCUCUGUCAGACAUUUAAGAUGAAUGGAGUUAGUGAUGAUGCAAUCAGUCUCAGAUUAUUCCCAUUUUCUCUAAGGGAGAGAGCCAAGAGUUGGUUGGUAUCUUUGCCACCUAACUCAAUCAAUACAUGGAAUGAUCUUGCACUAAAGUUUCUCUCCAAGUUCUUCCCUCCAGCCAAGGCAGCUAAGCUAAGGGGGGAGAUCAACAACUUCUACCAGCUGGAUAAUGAAUCUCUAUAUGAGGCGCGGGAGAGAUUUAAAGACUUGAUAAGGAGGUGCCCGCAUCAUGGGAUAGAGAGAUGGAUGUUAGUCCAUAAAUUUUAUAAUGGGUUGUGUGGUACCACUCGCACACACAUUGAUGCAGCAGCUGGUGGGGCAUUUAUGAGGAAGAGCGCCAAUGAGGAGUAUGAUUUGUUAGAAGAAAUGGCCAUUAAUAAUCAACAGUGGCCAAGUGAAAGAGGUAACUCGAAGAAAGUGGCUGGUUUGCAUGAGAUCGAUGCAAUAUCUAAGUUAACUGCUCAAGUUGAGGCUUUGACUAAACAGCUGCAAGGCAGUACAAUGGCAACCCCCAUGAUGCAAGCUCAAACUAUGUGUGAAUUAUGUGGGGGUCCUCAUGCUUAUGAAAAAUGUCAGUACACGGAUGUCAAUAAUAUGCCAUUGGAACAAGCUCAAGCCAUUGGGAAUUUUCCUCGUCAAAAUAAUAACAAUCCUUAUUCAAAUUUCUAUAACCAGGGUUGGAGGAAUCUCCCCAAUUUUUCUUGGAAGAAUGACCAACAAGGCCAGUCUUUAGUUCAGCCGUCACAUCAAUCAUUUCAGCAGCCACAUCCUAGGUUUUACCAACCGCCCAUGCAACAACAAUAG